CUCUCUCUCUCGUCUUCUUCCUCCAUUGAUUCACCCCUGAGGUGGUUUUCUUUCUUCUUUCUCUACCUUUCUAAAUCUAUUUCAUGGUUGAUUUCUGGAUUUGAAGCAUACCCACUGUCCCACAGAUUGGCUGAUUCGUUAAUUUAAUAAAGAAAAAAAAAACAAUCCUUUUGUCUUGUGAAUGAGCAAUGGAGACUAUGGGUUUGGUAAGGAUUGUUCCAGAAACCCAAGGUUGUCUGAGAAUAUGUGAUUUGCCCGACGAUUUGCUAUUGCAGAUCUUAAUCCUUGUCCCGGGAAAAGAUGCGGUGGCCACUGCGAUCUUGUCUAAACGAUGGCGUUACAUCUGGCAGAUGCUGCCUAAACUCGCCUUCAAAGACGACCGAUACAGCGAGAGCUUUGGGUGGUUUAUUGACAAGUCAAUGCAACUCCACAAGGCACCGUUACUAAUAAGCCUGGUCGUCGAACUGGGUGAACAUUGCCCUGCUGACGUAGAUGUAAGAAAGUGGGUUGAGAAGGCAGUUAACCACAGCGUGAGAACGUUAGAUUUCGCUCUCCUCUGGACAGGAGAGCCCACAAGCUUCCCUAAGAGCCUUUACACAUGCGGCACGCUCGUCUCUUUAUCUCUAUCCAACCAGAUCCUCGUUGAUGUUUCUUUCCCCGCUAGCCUGCCAUCUCUCUUAUAUCUGGAUCUUCUCAACGUGGUGUACAAAGACGAAGAUUCUCUUGCUAGGCUUUUAUCAAGUUCCCCUGUUCUCCGUGAACUGGAUGUUCAACGACGUGAUGAGGGUGACAACUUGAAAAACUUUACCGUGAAAGUGCCUUCAUUGGAAUUAUUAAUUUAUGUUAGACGGGGCGACCAGCCAGAGCAAGAGGAAGAUCAGAUUGGGUCGUUGGUGAUAGAUUGCCCUGCAUUAACAGAUUUUAGCAUAUAUGACGAUUUGGGAUACUAUUGUAGUUUGACAGAGAAUAUGCUUUGCCUUGAUGAGGUAUACAUCAGCUAUGUUCCUAACCCUGAUGGAAAGUUUCUGAGGUGUCUAUCUUCUGCCAGAUGUAUCCGCUUGUAUUUAUCCGAAUCAAUGGUUGCAUGUUGUAACGCCAUUAAUUUCUCUCGGCUCAUAGAUUUAGUCUUUGUUUCAGAAUAUCCAGUAUAUUGGUUGGAACCACUUAUUUUUAUGCUUCAAAACUCUCCUAAACUGAAAAUUCUAACGAUCGACACCAAGGGUUCUCCCACAUCUUCGUGGAACCAGCCGAGUACUAUUCCCCAAUGCUUAUCGUCUCAUCUAGAGAUUGUUAGGUGGAAAAACUAUGAAGGAAGACAAGAUGAGAAACAACUAAUGUCAUACAUUCUCGCUAACUCAAAGUGUCUAAAGACAGUGAAGAUCUUCGGCAUUCUUCGAGGGUGCAAAAAGGUGUUAGAAUCUAUGCCUAGGAUUUCAGCAUCAUCUCGGCUUCUUUAUUCUUCUACCGAUAAAGCCGAUUGGACUUUUUAGCUGGGCUAGAUUAUUUUGUUUUUUUGGCGAACGAGGCAAAACAGACACAUUGGAGGGAUGUUUUAAAAAUACAUAUCUAAAAUAUUUUACUAUC